AUGGAACAGGCCUCGAACGUUGGUGACACUCGAAAGCUCUACCGUCUGAUCCGCCAAGUUAGCGGUAAGCCCUCUACACUGAGUGACUCUGUUUGCGAUGUGAACGGCGGCUUUGUUGCUGACAACUCGGCCAAAGUCGAGCGCUGGCGUGAGCACUUUGAGCACCAUCUCAACUUCGAUACCCAACCUACAUCGCCCUUGCUCUCCACCUCAGCGGAGUUUCUUCCCCCUCCUACCUAUGCAGUGCCAUGCGAUCCCCCCUCCGAGGAAGAAGUCGCCGAUGCCAUACGAAAGUUGCGCAACAAUAAGGCACCCGGAGAGGACGGUAUACCCGCUGAAAUCUUCAAGUGUUGUGUCGACACCCUGGCGCCCUGGCUCCAUGAGGUGCUUGAACGAGCUUGGAGAGACGAGGUUGUUCCUGAUGACUGGGGCUUAAGCAUCCUUGUACCUAUCCACAAGAAGGGAAAUAAGACGAGAUGCGAGAACUACCGCGGCAUAAGGCUCAUCGACGUUGCUGCGAAGAUCUUCGCUAUUGUCCUACUCAGGCGAUUCCAGGCUGUGCGUGACUCAAGGACGAGGCCCAACCAAGCCGGAUUUCGUGCUGGACGUGGAUGUGCAGAUCAGAUAUUCACACUGAGGCGCAUUCUCGAAUUUCGCCAUAGCUACCAACAACCGACGGCCGUCUGCUUCAUUGACUUUGCCGCCGCGUUCGAUUCCGUUCACCGUGAGUCCCUGUGGCGGAUAAUGAAAUUAAAUGGUGUACCGGCAAAAAUCAUCGCCAUGAUCAAGGCCUACUAUCGCUCCACUACUGCGAGUGUCCUGGUCCGUAACAAUCUUUCCCAACCGUUCGGUAUUCGGUUGUAUCCUGUCACCCAUACUGUUCAACUACGCUAUUGACUGGAUCCUCGGGAGGGCCCUACACGAGAGUGACGGCGUUGAGUUUGCUCCCGGACAUCGACUGACUGAUCUCGACUAUGCCGAUGAUAUCGCCUUACUUGCUUCAAGUUUUGGUGAUCUGCAGUCUAUGGUGUCACGGGUGAAAGAGGUCGCUCAAUCAGUCGGUUUGUCCAUAAACGCUGGGAAGACCAAAGUAUUCUCAAGCUGCAUCCCUGACCAGGAGAAGGUACCCCUGGGGAUUGAUGGCUGUCAACUUGAAGAAGUGGACAGUUUUAAAUACCUCGGGGCGAGGCUGCUGCCUAAUGGACAGAGUAAGGAAGACAUUGUCUCCCGAAUCGAUGCUGUCCGCUGGGUUUUUUCAAGCCUUCGGAAAUGCCUGUGGAAGCGACGUGACCUCUCCAUCGCCACUAAGAUUCGCGUGUACCGUGCAUCUGUCCGGUCUGUCCUUCUCUACGGUUGUGAAUGCUGGGCUUUGCGCGUGGAGGAUGAGCGAAAACUGGAGGUAUUUGACCACCACUGCUUGAGGAUCAUCCUUCGAGUGAAGUUAACCGACUUCGUCUCAAAUGAGAUAGUCCGCGCUCGCCGCGAUAACAUCGAAAGGAUAACUCAGGCCAUCCAAGAAAGACGACUGAGGUGGUUCGGGCAUGUUCUUCGUCGUCCACCUCAGGAGCUCAGUGUUACUGCCCUCGAUCCGGCACCGUUGCCCCAUUGGAGGCGUCGAAGAGGGGGUCAGUUCAAAACCUGGCUCGACACUGUCCGUCAAGACAUGGAGGUGGUUCUUGGACCUUCGGUAUUCGGUCUCCGUCGUUGGCAAAGGGAAUGGGUUGAGCUGUCUAGAUCUGCUGCCGCGGAUCGUCACGCGUGGAGAGGUACAGUUCGGGAUAUCAUCAAGGCCGGCUAG